AUGGGAUUAGAUCAAGGUGGUUUUAACCAGGGACCAAAUCGUGGAGGAUUUAAACCAAGGUCAAAAUCGUGGCUUCAAUCAAGAGGUCCAAAUCAAAGGGGAGGAUUUGAUGGUCCUCCUCCAGGGAUGAAUCGAGAUGAAAGUGAGGGUUUCGAUGAUAAAAUGAAUCAAGGAAUGGCUGGAAGAGGUGGUUUCCAGGGGCAGAGGGGAGGAUUUGGUCGAGGAGGAUUUGAUUCGUCUGGGUUUGGUCCAGGUGGAAUGGGUGAUAGAAGUGACAUUGGAAAUUAUGACCAAAGUGGCAGAGGAAGGGGAAUUGAUAGUAGUGGGCGAGGGCGGGGAGGCUUAGACCAAGGUGGCAGAGGAAGAGGAUUUGAUCCUAAUGGAAAGGGGUCAGGGUUACUUAACCAUAUUUUGCCCCCUGAUGGCAGAACCAGGACCAGUUUAGUGAAGGAAGUCGAGGUCGUGGUAACAUGCGUUGGCAGAGGAUUUGGGCCAGAUCGUGGCAGAGGUCGUGGUCGAGGUGGUGGCCCUGGAGGGUGGUGGAAUAAUGAAAAUGUGCCAGAUGAUAGAAAUCCCCCUGACUGGACUAAAGGGUGCAAUCCAACAUGGCAGGCCACCAGGAUAGAUGAUGUUCCUCCAGAGCUAACCACUGGCUUUCUCUCUCAUGAUAAAGGUGGUAUCCCAGGUCUUGAUUUACCUCAGCACUCAACAGAUACCGAAAAAGAUAAAGGGAAACCUGAAGACAAACCUGAAAAGAAAGUUAUAAGUAAACCUGCAUCAUUGUCCAGCAAUCCUGAUGACAAAAUAGAUGUGAAAUUUGGUGAAUCUUCAAAACUCAUUAUUGGACCAAUUGGUGUACCCCCUAGCAAGGAUAAAUUCACUCUACCUGAAGAUGAUUGGUAUGAUGAUGAGGAUGAUAAUGACAAGAAAGAUAAUGAUGCAAGAAAUACAGAAGAUAAUUCUGAUGACAGUGAUAAACAUGAACAAAAGCAGCAACCUAUUGCAGAUCAAUUUGAAUACAACGCAGGAAGAUCUGGCUUCAGUGUACCCCCUCCCAGCCAACCUAUGGGUAGGGGACUAAUGGGGCCAAGAUUAUGUGGCCCUCCACCAGGUCAGGGCUUACUUGGUGCGGCCCCAAGACCUGGUCUGUUAGGUAAUGCACCAACUCAAGGCUUUCCAUUUAGAGGCCCACCUCCUAAUUCUGGGUUCAGAGGGCCCCCACCAGGCCCACCAGGAGGCCCACCAGGCCCACCAGGAAGAGAUUUUCAAGGAGGCCCACCAAGUAGGUGGAAUGAUAACAGAUUUGACAGACAGGGAAUGGAGAACAGGCCAGGCAGGGAAAGUCACUCGCCAAUAAUGAGCAUUUCAGAACUUUUAGCUGAUGAAAGUUCUAUGAAUGAUGAUAGCAAAGAUGAACCAUUGGUACGGGAUCGAGAGCCACUUGACCGCAGAAGACCAAAUUGGGAUGAUGUUGGUGAUAACAGAAGUACAGGUGGCCGUUCAGAUGAUUCUUGCAACAAAGACCGAUGGGGUCCUCCUCAGGACAGGAGAGGGAUGCCGAUGGGUAGAGAUAGGGAGCCUUUUGGCAGAGAUAGGGAACCCUUCAGUAGAGAUAGGGAACCCUUCAGUAGAGAUAGGGAACCUUUUAGUAAAGAUGGAGAACCUUUCAACAGAGAAGACCAUGGACCAUUUGGAAGAGACAGUAGGCCACCAUUUAGUAGAGAUGACAGAGGUGAUUGGGGUCAACAUGAUAGGGACUUUGGAAGAGCCCCAAGUGAUUCCUUUGGUAGAGGAAGAAGAGAUAACUUUGGAAGAGACGGCCCUGAUUCUCAUAUGGAAGACAGGUUUGGUAUGCCUUCCAGAGAUAAACUGUUUGAUAAACGAAGAAUAGAUGAUAGCUUUGACAGAGAACCAUUCAGUAAUGAUAGGUAUAGUUUGAGAGGGGCAUUUGACAGAGACUCUUUGCGAGAUGAUCGAGAAUCCUUUGGAAGAGACAGAAGAGAUUUCUUUGACAGAGAAGACAGAUUGUCCUUUGGGCGUGAUGACAGGCCACCAUUUGCACGAGACUCGUUUUCAAAUCAAUCUCCAUCUCGACCAGCAACAUACGAUUAUGGUCACGGUUCAAGGGAUGAUCGAGGGUCCUUGUAUAAUGUUGACAUGGAUCUUGAAAGAGAGGAGAUGAUGCGUGCAGAAAUAAUGAGAGAAAGAGGGUUACGACAAACCAGGGAGGAUAAUAGGGGACCAAAUGAAAUGCGUGGCUCACCAUUUGGUGCAAGACCAGGCAGUUACCCUCCCCCACCAAUGGUAGAAGGAAGAGACAGGUCACCGUUAUGUUCACGAUCUCCAUCUAGAUCAAUAACACCCAAAACUGGUUUAAGGCCACCACCUCCACCUUCUCCAAAGAUUGAAGAGAAAGAGCCUGAAGUUAUUGGUGAAACGGUUACUAUAGACGAUCUAAUAUCUGUUCCUGGAAGAUUUAUGCGACCUCCAAAAAUGGUGAUCAUUCUGAGAGGACCUCCUGGAUCAGGAAAAACUACUGUAGCAAAAAUGAUAAAGGAUCGGGAAAUAGAAAAUGGAGGAAGUCCGCCAAGGAUACUUAGUCUGGAUGAUUACUUUAUGGUUGAGACUGAAAAAAUGGUUGAAGACCCAGACACAGGAAGGAAAGUGAAAACCAAAAUUAUGGAAUAUGAAUAUGAACCAGACUUGGAGGACAGCUAUAGGUUAUCUUUAAUUAAAUCAUUCAAGAAACAGGUGGAUGAUGGAUUCUUCCCAUUCAUUGUUAUAGACUGCGUAAAUCAUAGGCUAGAUCAUUUCAGUGAAAUAGUGUCCUAUGGUAAAAAGAAUUCAUUUGAGGUUUAUAUAGGAGGCCUGGAAGUUGAUAUGGCAACAUGUAUGCAGCGUAACGUACACAGUCAUUCAAGGGAGCACAUAAGUCGUAUCAUAUCAACGUGGCAACCAACCCCAGUAAGCUGUACAAAAGUUGACCUUACUGCCUUUGCUCAAGAUGCUGCUAUUGAAGAAGUGGAAAUGGAGGAUUCUAUUACAACACCAGCAGAUGAAGGAACGACGGGUGAAAGUAAAUCAGACAGCAAAAGGACAGAAGAAAAGAAGCAAGAGGAGGAGGAGGAUGAGGAGGAAGAUAAGGAAUCUUUCCUCAAGGUACGUGGCCAAGGUGCAGACUUCCAUAAUAAUGGUCAAGGAGGAAGUUUUGGUAGAGGUAACUUUGGUCGUAACACUGCUGGCAGGGGCAACUUUGGUUGGGGUGCCCAUAAUAAAAGUGAAUUUGGCCCAAGGGGGGGUUGGAGUGAUUGUGGAAGGGGAAAUGACCAAGAUGGUCAGAGAAAUUUUGGGAGAGGUGGUAGGCAAGAUUUCACGAGAGACAAAGCAGGGCAUGGAGAUUUGGGCAGAGGAAGAGGUCAAGAUAGCUUUGGUAGAGGCGGUGGCAGAGGUGAAUUUAGCAGGGAAGGUGAACGAAUGCAGUUUUCGAAAGGCAGUGGACAAGUCAAUUUUGGUAGAGGAAGUAACCGGGGUGGUUUUGGUAGAGGAAUGCAACAAGAUGAUGAUGUUUCUUUUAAUAGAUUUGAUAAAAACCAAGGAGGCCGUGGUAAUUUCAAUCAGAGGGGUGCGGUUCAUGGAGGAAGAGGACGAGGUGACUUUGGUCGAGGGGCAGGUGGAAAUUUAUCUUUCAGUUCUGACAGGUAUAGCCUAUCUUCUGAAGAUUAUCCCAAAGGAGGGGAAAGUUUCAGUAUGAGUGGCCAAGAAAAGGUACAGAAAACAGAAGGGGAUAGUCGGAGUGUUCAUUCUUCUGAAAAAGAACCUUCUUCAGUUAACAUAAGCAGAACUGGAACACUUCAAGCCUUGGAGGGUUUUGGAUUAGGUAGGAAUAAUCAAGGUGCAAACUUUCCCAGAGGUGGAGGGAGAGGCAGCAACAUGAAUUCAGGAAGAGGGGGAAAUAACCAAGGUUCAAAUGUAGCUUCCUCAGGAAGUGGUAAUAACCAGAAUAUUGGCAGGGGGAGCAACCAAGCUGCAGGGUCAUCAAGAGCAAGCUUUGGAAGAGGCAACAAUCAAGUAGCUGAUGAAAAUAGUAGCCCAGCAAAUAGUGCUGGUAUUGCUGGUACGCUCAAAGCUUUACAGGGUAUUGGAGGACAAGGUAAGGGUUCAAAUCUGAGUGACAGCAAACGCACAGAAAGUGAAACUACCCAGAACGUGAGUAAUGUAGGUGUUAAAGGUCAUACCUUCCAGGGUAUUCCAGGAAGAGGACGUGGAGCUGCCAUUCAGCGUGAUUCACUUGACCAAGAAAAUAAGAACAAAGCCAAUUGUAGUCAAGAUACAGGAACCAAAAGAGAUGAAACCUUGGGCCCAGAAAAUAGUCAUAAUGAUGUUUCUAGUAAAGAAAAAGGUAUCAUCCAAAGUGCAUCACCAGGUAGUAGAAUAGGCACUUUGCAAGGUUUGGGACGAGGUAUAACUCAAGAAUCGAAUCCCCCUGGAAAUUUUAGAGGCAAUUCUCCAAGAGGUCGUGGAGGACCUCAGAUGCAUGGUAUGAAUAGAGGAGGUAGUAAUCAAGGGCUCAAAAGAGGAAGUCAUUUGAAGAAUGAUGACAAUAUUGAUGGUUGCAAAGCAACUGAUGCUGCAAACAAAGAAAAGUCACAAACUGGAAAAAUUGGUAAGCCUCAGGAGGCUAAUGUUUCAGAUAACAAUUCAGAACAAAAUGUUCAGUCAAAGGCUGGCAAUGCUACUGCCAUCAACACAUCUGCAAGCUUAGCAAGUGGCACUGGUAAGCCAAGUGUACCCCAGGAUAGGGAGAAAUCUGCAAGUACCUUACAACAAAAAGGCAGUCAAGAAAAUAAGUCUGGGUCACUUCAGGAUAGCAAAGGUAUGGAGAUUUCUUCAAAAAGUGAUGGUGAAAGUAAAGGGCAUAAAGAUGGAAACAGUGCCCCUAUCGGUACAAAUUCUGGCAAUGUGGGUGGAAAUGCAGGACGUGGAAGUGGAAAUACAGGACGUGGAAGUGGAAAUACAGGGCGUGGAGGUGGGAGUGCAGGACGUGGAGGAAGUAGUGUAGGACUUGGAGGUGAUAGUGCAGGACGUGGAGAUGGAAGUGGAACUCAAAAUACACCUCAACUGGGAAACUCGGGACGGGGUGCAGGAAGUUCAAAUACAGGUCGAGGCCUGUUGAAUCAAGGGGGUCUUCUUCAGAACCAAUUUGGCAGAGGUGCUGCUUCUUGGGGUGGUGUUGGUAUUGGAGGUGGUUUGCUUAAUAUGAACCAGGGUAAUGUUAGUUGGGGAAGCCUUCCUAAUGUUAAUCGAGGGGGCCGUAGCCAGACUCCUAGCUAUAGCUAUGCUUUUGUAGGUUUGCUAGGUCGAGGAUUCAGUGGAAGGGGUGGUCAAGGCUUCAGGUAAUGGAAAAAAAGGAACAAAGUAAGAAGUUGAUGUCCAAAAGAUUUCUGCUCAGAAGUAGCGAAUGAUGAUUACAUAGCUGUAAGGUAAUUUUCUGUUUGUUUUGAGCAAAAAUCUGAUGAUUUAUGCUGUAUUCAGGAGAAAGGAUACUCUGUUAUUUCUCCUGUAUUGUUGUAUGUGUUUAUCGUUUUAUGCCUUUGAUUAUAAAAGCAUACUUAUUUUCAUGUAGUUAUGAAUUAUUUUUAUUUUUUUGUAUUUGAGAUGAAAUUAAUUUUACUUACCUAAUGUUAAUGAAGUUCAGUUUCCAUUUGUUCUGUGUAGAAAAGGUUGUAAUCCUGUUUGUAGUCCCAUAAAUGACAUGAGUUUGGAAUUUUCUGUCUUAAGGUAUUUUCAUACAAGGUGGAUUUUGCGCAAGAACAUAAUUGGUAGUACUAAGAAAUUGAUACAAAAGUUUAAAGUUAAAUAGCCUUUUUGGGGGUUUAUUGUGGAUGAAAUUUUUUUUCCAUAUGAAAGUUUGAGUAUGGCAUUAGUAGUACUAAGAAUAGUUCAAAGAGAUUUUUUUUUUUUUCUGUAAAACUCCCUGAUGUAUCAAGUUGGGGCUGAGCACAGAGCUCACUUUUUUAUUCAAUGUUUGUUGUGUUGGAGAUGUCUGUGGCCAGUAUUCCCAGUUGAUAAAUAUUUUGUUUUAAGAGAUUAAACCCAAAAUUAUGGGUGUAAUUUGUCCUUAUAUAGUCAUGAUGCUUUGAUUUUGAAUUAUUGGAUUUUUCCAUUUCUUAGUAUUAGAAAUUUUAUUGGCGAUGCUGCUGUAGUUAUAAGGUUGCUAGGAUACUGUGAAGGAUAAGAUUUAUGCAAAAUUGUCUCAUACAAAGCAACUUGAGUAAUUUUGCUUCAUAAUAAUAUAUAAAGAAACAUGUUCAGUGGCAGUAACUAGUAUCAGUUGCUACCUCACUGUCAGGGACAUCAUCUUUAUGGUUUAAGCAAGAGCUACCUAGAUUAUCAUCUGACAGACCAGUGGCUGGUAGAGUGAGAGUUAGGUAAGUAGGUAGGUAGGCUGUUCUUGAGUAGACUAGUAUGUUAGUGUGAUGAUACUGGCUUCCUGGCUGUCAGAUAGGUUAUCCGUCAGGAGUAUUAGAUUGAACGUUAUAUUUACUGUGUUUUUAUAUUGAGUAGGGUAGUAUCAAAUAGGUUCUGUGUUAGUUGUAUAUCCAUAGGUGAAUUAUGAAAUGGCAAUCUCUGGUAUAUAUAAAUAGGAUAUGUUAAUGCUGAACAGUGGAAGAAAGGCCAUUCAAAUAGGUAUGUUACAGGAGUGCAUAUGUUGAAGCAGGAAAAGAAAUAUUUUGUAUAGGUGAUGUGCCUGAUUGUGAGGUGUUAGUAACUAAACUGUUAGUAGUUUUGUGACUGGAGUUGAAAUAUUGGGUGAUGCACUACUUUUAUUACCCAUAGCGUACUCACCACUUUUCUUUAAAAGAAUAUGAAUAAUGAAAAUUGCACAUCUUGCAUAACCAAUCCCUGACCUAAGGGCCAUGGGCGAGAGGAGGUUUAUAGUAAAACUGAAACAAAUAAGGAAGUGGCAUAUCUUUGAGAUUAGUUAUCACUGCAUGUGAUACAAAAAAUGUGCCAGUAUGCAAUGUUACUUAAUGUUCCAAAUUUUUAUGGUAUUUUGAUAUGACUCAAUAUCUUACACAUUAAAACAUUGUUUUAUGAUCUGUAUUAAGGGUAACUUUUACUGUAUUCUUUGGUAUCAUUAGUCCACGGAAGGGGACUGCUCUUUUAAAUCAUAGCACUUAAUGUUGUUGCUAUUGUAGUUUUCUAUAAUUUUCAGUUGGUGGAGUUACUGUAAAAAACACUAAUUGAAUUUGGAAUACAGUACUUAUAAAUGUUUCUAUGGUAUGAAUCUAACUACAGUACUUGAAAGUCUCAUUGAGUAAGCAGUUGCUAAGUAUUAGUAUACUUAGAUGAGUUCAGUUAUAAACUUUGAUGAUCUACAAGUGAGUGUCUUGUUAGCAUAUUGCUACAUUCAACUGUUACAAAUACCAUGCAUAUUCAUAAUUCAUUAUUUCUGCCAAACAUUACCAUCUGAGAAUUCUAGACAAAUAGGGUUGAUAUCAUUUGGUAGUAGUUGACCAUUAAUUUCCUUGAAUAUGUUCCACAAUUACUAUACACUGGUUUUAUGCGUCCUUUCUUUUUCAAAUGAGAAUAAUGGUUAUGAUUUACCUGAAAUAGAAUAACACCCCUGAAAGGUA